UCAAUUCUCAGUUUAUUUACACCGAAUUCAGCUAUUUUAUUUAUUAGACAUACAAAACAUUGAAAAAAUUGAUGCAUUCAUCUCAAGUAGAUGAGGUUUACAAAAUACCGAGUUUAUGCCCUAAUUGUGAAAAACAAGGUUUAACUCAAAUUCUCCCAACAAACAUUCCAUUUUUUAGAGAGGUAAUUAUAACAUCGUUUUGUUGCCCUCACUGUAAUCACACUAAUAAUGAAAUUAUGCAAGCCGAGGAAAUAAAAACCUAUGGAAUAAGAUACAUCUUGAAUAUAAAAAAUGAAAAGGAUUACAAUAGAAUGAUUGUCAAAACUGAUUAUGCCACUAUGAACUUUCCAGAAAUAGAAUUAGAGAUUCCACCCUCUUAUCAAAAAGCAGAGAUAACAACAAUUGAAGGUAUAAUCCAAAAAGCUUAUGAAGACCUUGAUAGAGAUUAUGGAGGAACGAAUUCCAAUCACAUUAAUAAUGAAGCUCUGACAGCCUUUAUAGCUAAACUAAAAGAAAUAUUAGACACCAAACCUUUGCAAAAUUUUUCUUUUGUAUUAGAUGACCCUAGCGGAAAUAGUUUUUUAGAAAACCCUUAUGCACCCACUGAAGAUUCUUCAUUACAAAUCUUAAAAUAUGACAGAACAAAUGAACAAAACAUUGCUUUAGGAUUUUCUGAUAUCGAGGAUAAAGAAGAUUCGAAAGUACUAACUACCCCAUGUUCCCAACAAUUUAAAAAUAUUGAAGAAGUUAAAAGUGAGGUCUUGCAAUUUCCUAGUAAUUGUCCUAGUUGUAAUUUUCCAACAGUUACGAACAUGAAAAUGAUUUCCAUACCGCAUUUUAAAGAAUUAAUAAUUAUGGCCUCUAAUUGUGACAAAUGUGCCAAUAAAACUAAUGAGGUCAAAACUGGAGGAGGAAUUAGCGAUAAGGGAUGCAAAAUAGAAUUAUUCGUCAAAAGUGCCAAAGAUUUAUCCCGCGAAGUUAUCAAAUCAGAUAAUUGCUCUAUUUCGAUACCCGAAAUAUCUUUAGAACUAUCGCCAACUACUUUAGGAUCCAAAUACACGACAAUUGAAGGCCUUUUAACAGAUAUUAGAGAACAGUUGAACGACAACAAUCCUUUCGCUUACGGGGAUUCUAGUAAAAAUGACAUUUCUCAAAAAUACGAAAAUUUUAUCAAAGAGCUCGAUUUAAUGAUUCAAGCCAAAAAAUUCAAUUAUAGUUUUGUGCUAAACGAUCCUACUGGUAACAGUCAUAUGACAAGCACCGAUUUUAACUCCGAAAAUAAAAAGGCUAUAUUACCGGAAUCAAAUGAUAUUAAAGCUGGCUCUGCUGAUAAUAUUAAAGACGAUUAUAUCGAUGAAAACAUAAAGUACUUUUAUUACGAUAGAACCUGGCAACAAAACGAAGAACUGGGAUUGAACGAUAUGAAAGUUUGAAAAAAUGUUACCGUUACCAAGUGAAGAACCCACAUGUUAAAAUGGAUAUUUUUAUAUAUAAUAUAGAAAUGCUAAUUUUAUUAUCAAAUUUUAGUAAAUAAUAAGUUUUCUUUUAUGUAAAUUUCUUUUAUUCGCACACAUUGCAAUAAAAA